ACAUCGGUUAUCCCUAGUUGGUAUCCUAUACUGCCUAAAUAUGGGCGAAAGGAGCUUUCGAAAACUGGUAUUAGGAGUUAUCCUGACGACCAUCAUUCUCUAUGCUCUGCUUUUUUUGGACACGCAGUGCUACGAGACUGGCGGAAAAAUACAUAAUGCAUUCUUUGUGAACACCGACGGAUGUCGCAUUAUAGCCAUGGAUGUGAUGAACCCGACCAUUGCCAAGUACACCGACUGGGAGUGGAAGGACAAGAGGUUCUACCUGAAGUGCCCCCAUCAGACCUGGUUCCGAACGGAGGUGGCGAACGGGGAUUGGUACCUUAAGCUGACCCGCGACAUCGACAGAAUCUUGCAGGAAAGCGAUCUGACCCACGACUGGCAGAUAAAGUGCUAUUGGUUCCGGAUUAAAAUAAAGGGGCGUUGGCGGGCCAAGAUCUACGGUCCAACCAUGUUCCCUCUGGAGUACCCGUAUGCCCUGAAAGUCCCCAAAGGACUGAGGCACAUGCGAGUCAAGUGCCUGAAUACUUUCACAAACAAAACCUUGCACGAUGAUGCCCAUUUCUUCAUUCAACCACCACCUGAGAAGUUGUUGAAGAAACCUCCGGCGACCUUGAAGUACUGGGAUGGGGAGAAACACUCGAGUGGUGCGACUUCACCCAUUUCUGUGAUGAUUUUGGGUCUGGACUCCGUUUCGCAUCUCAAUUUGCUGCGCCAGAUGCCGCGGACCGUGCGCUAUAUGCGCCAGAACAUGUCGCAGGUGGAGUUCUGGGGCUUCAACAAGAUCGGCACCAAUACGUAUCCAAACUUGAUAGCUUUGCUGACGGGCCUCAGUGCGGCAGAGUCGGAGGCUUAUUGGGUGCGGCAGAAAUGUAUGGAUAACCUGCCUCUGAUUUGGAAGGAGUUCAAGAGGGCCGGUUAUAAUACCAGUUUCGCCGAGGACAUGGCCAUAUAUUCCAUGUUCUAUUUCGGCAAGCCCGGCUUCAAGCGUCCGACCACGGAUAACAAUUUGCACGACUUCAUGGUGGAUCUCUAUAUCAAUAGGCAGGCCAGUUCCGUAUCAGAUACACAUUGCAUGGGCGAAAGGGCCUUCAUGGAUAUCCUCUUGGAGAUGAACGAUAGGCUGCUGCCCCACACGCAACGCUAUCCCUUUUUCUCCUUCUAUUGGUGGGCCAAUGGCUUCCACGAGUUCUUCAACUCCCCCCGCCUGGCGGAUGGAAGAUUCGAGCGAUUGCUGAGGAGCCUCGACGACGCCGGCAUAACCAACAACACCAUAAUAUUCUUCAUGUCGGACCACGGCUUGAGAUGGGGUCUUUUUCGCAGUAGUUUCCAGGGUAUGAUAGAGGACAGCCAGCCGUUUCUGUCCGUUUUGUAUCCGAAGUGGAUGAGAUUAAAGUACCCCAUGGCCAUUAAAAGCCUAGUUGGCAAUGCCCACAGCCUGGUAACCACCUACGACCUUCAUGAGACCUUGAAGCAUAUCUUGGAACCGAGUUCCUUGGAGGAUACGUCCAUCACGCAGAAGACUGAAGAAUUGUGGAAGCUGAAGGGUUCCCAAACCCCCAGGGCCGUUAGCCUCUUCUUACCCAUUCCGCCCUGGAGGAACUGCAACACUUCCCACAUCCCGAGUAAGUUCUGUCUGUGCCACAAGCAGAUUCCCAUUCCCGAGAGCAACCGAGUGGUGACGAAAUCGGCCAGCAUUAUCAUCGAUUACGUAAAUCAGUUGAUGGUGGAAUACCCCGUUUGCAUACCCCUUCAGUUGGACUCGAUCGAAAGUGCCUAUUUCGCGGCUCCCCAGAGGGACGAUGACUUCUACAUCGAGAAGGGGCACAAGAACGUGUACCCCGAAAAAGGACCCUUCUGGAAGAAGCAAAAGUACGAGGACAGGGAUAUCGUGGUGCGAUUGAAAACUAAGCCGGGCAACGCCUACUUCGAGGGAAUGACCCGCAGGCAGGGCAGCAAACUCUCUCUCGUCGGGGAAGUGGUCCGCGUGGGGGGUGAAGGCAACAGGAACAACGACUGCAUCGAUAAUCCUCUGCUGGAACCGUUCUGUCAUUGUGCACUAUAGGUUUUUAAAUUCAC